CAUUAGCUGCAGCCCGGCUGUACCACCCCUCCACUGGGACUGCAGAGAAGCCGAGGGUCCUCCGCGUGACCGUUAAGACGCCUUGGAAACGUGUAAAAAGCAACCGUUUUAAUUCCCUGCCACCCUGAAGACGUCCUGCAGUUCGGGUAGUCGUGUGGUAGCUUCUCGGUGUAACAGCAGGUCAGGAUGUUUGGUGCCGUGGUGGUUGGCCUCGGCACUGUGGGGAAUGUGAGGAUCAGACACUUACUGACACCAGCGCCUGACAGCAGCACAGAGAUGCUGACCAUCAAGGGAUUCGUAUCCAGGAGGAACCUGGAGUCACAGCAGGGAGUGAGGCAGAUCCCACUGGAAGAGGCCCUGAAGAGACAGGAUAUUCAUGUGGCCUUCAUCUGCACCGAGAAUGUCUCCCAUGAGGACGAUGUCAGAGCGUUCCUGCAGGCAGGGAAGCAUGUCUGCAUAGAAUACCCCAUGAGCUUGAGCUACCAGGCCGCUAAGGACCUUUGGGAUCUGGCACAGAACAAAGGAGUCAUUCUCCAUGAGGAACACAUCGAGUUAAUGACAGCAGAGUACAAGACACUGAAGAAGGCGGUAACGAUGAAGAAUCUGCAAGAGGGUACACUUCAUUUUACUGGUGGCGCUCUGAAGCCAGGGUUUGGUUUUCCAUCGUUCAGCGGCAUUUCCCGUCUAACCUGGUUGGUUGACCUGUUUGGUGACCUUUCAGUAACGGCAUUGACCAUGGAGCAGCCCAGUGAUGGCUACAUGAAGAUGACUGCCCAGCUGGUAACUGCCGAUGACAAGCCCUUGACAUGGAUCGAGGAACGAGGGCCAGGGCUCCCAAGGGACAAAAAGAUCAGCUUCCACUUCGAUUCUGGCAUCAUGACCCAGAUUCCUCCAGUACCAAGGGAGCCUGUGCCCCUUUUCAUGCAGGACCUGAUGCUCUUUUCUCGGAAACUAGAAGGCCGUGUGUCCCCUGAAGAGCUCUUAAGAGAGAGACGGAGGAUUCUACACUGCAUAGAACUUGCUGAAAGGAUACAACAUCUCUGCAAGGGAUAA